AUGUCUCCGACUGCCGUGCACCCCGCCAUGAGUCUCCCACGGACGAACAGUGAUUCUCCUAAUCAGAAACGGAAAGAGCCACCCAAUCCAUCAGGUGUCAAGCCUGUGAAGAAGGUAAAAAGAGUUGGGCCCAGGUCAGACAGUGUACCGAAUGGCGACGCUGACAAGGACGGCGAGGGUGCAGCCAAGCCGAAGCGGGUGCGCACAGGAUGUCUGACCUGUCGAGAACGACAUCUGAAGUGUGAUGAGGGCAUGCCACACUGCAACAAUUGCAAGAAGAGCAACAGAACAUGUCGGCGUGGCGUGAGGUUGAACUUUAUCGAUACUUGGGCAGAGAGGCCUCCUACACUCGUGACUACCUACGGCACUCAUGACUGGAGAGUAGAGUUCCUGGACGAGUCGCGAGAGAUCGCUAGUGAGUACCAGGGAGGAAUACAGCGCUACAAACACAUCAAGGCGCCUGACCCGAAUCCCAGUUCAGCUCAGCCAUUGGACUCGGCUGUGGCAUUCGAAUUUCCUAAUCAUGGAGCGCAGGUGCCUGGCAUGAUUGAGCAACCUCUAUCACCGAUCCAAGGCAUGAUGGCGGAUGGAUAUACAGAUCAGCAAGCUCAGGCUCAGGCUCAUCAGGCGAACAUGAACAGCCUGUACGAUGUGCAACCGAAGCAGGAUCCCAGCCCGUACCACAGCCAGCAAGUCCAGCAGAUCCAGCAACAACCACUGUCAGGGACGACGCAACAUUCAGCUUACCCGGAUUCUGGCACGAACAAUCAUAGCGGUUCUGUGGCAAGCUUCAGCAACUUGGAUGCUAGUAUGCUAGAGCAGGAACCAGAGAAGGAGAGGAAAGAGUUUCUUGACAAUCAAGAGGAGACCUUGUUCAUGCAAGUGUUCGUGGAAGAGGUAGGCCUCUGGAUGGAUAGCAUGGACUCGCAGAAGCACUUUUCGAGGCUCCUGCCUUUCCACUCGCUGAGCGAGCCGAUGCUGCUGAACGCUUUCCUAGCGUGCGGUGCGCGGCAUCUGACACUGGUCAACCCUGUGUACACCGAAGAGAAGGCCUUGCAUUACUACGAUACCGCGACCAGGUAUCUGCUGAAGAACCUGCAGAACCCAAAUCGUGACACAGUCAUCUGUGCAACCACUGCCGUGAUCCUCAAUGUCUACGAGAUCAUGUCGGAACGAGCGCUGCAGCGGAUGAACCACAUUGCUGGAGCUCGAGCACUAAUCAAGGAGUGCGGCUGGAAUGCUAGAGCGCAGGGCAUUGGAUCUGCAUGUUUCUGGCUUAAUGUUGGCCUAGAAGUGCUAUCAUGCCUGCACUUCAACUGGCAGGUGGCGUGGGAUCCGGAUGAUUGGCAGGUCGACCUUGACUUUCAUCGAGAACUCAUGAACGGUCGGGAAGAGGUCUGGACACACCGCAUGCUGUACAUUAUCGCCAAGAUCUGCAACUUCCGCGCAACCAUGCCGCGGGAGACACUUCCAACCCAACGAGACGAGCAGAUCCGCGCACAGCAUAGACACGAAGAGUGGACACGCCUGAAGUCGAUGUGCGCUGCUUGGGAAGCCGGUAUACCGAGAACGAUGCAUGCCGUGGCCUACCUGCAAGCGUACCAGACCAGCUCGAAGUCCGUCUUUCCGGAGGUCUGGCUGGUAAAGCGGUCUACCAUUGUGGCGCGAUUGUUCUUCCACACGGCGAUGCUUCUGAUGGCGCAGAUACAUCCAUACUACUACGUCUCGAACAACCCGGAAAUGGCAGACAUGCAGCACCGACACUCGCAGAUGAUUUGCGGUAUCGUUGCACAUGUCAAGGAUCGUGGCGUUGCCUCCGUGGCGAUCCGAUCGCUAGCUCACGCUGCUGAGGUGCUGACCAGCCGUGUUGAGCAGGAAGAAGUACUUCAGAUCUUUGAUAAAAUCAACAAAGAAACAGGCUGGCGCAUCGGCUUCGUCUACAAAGAGCUCAAGGAGAAAUGGGGUUGGAACGAGGGUCCUUCGCCGCAGGAGAUCCAGCAGACGCAUACAGCCGCCAAGCAGGCACAGGACGCACAGCAGCGACAAAUGGAAGAGCAAGCACAGCGAAGCGCUUCCAUGCAGCUGGCUCAAGGGUUCGACUUCAACAACAGGCAAAGCAUUGUCUCGAUGCAAGCCCAGCAGACGACACCGACACAACAUCUACAACCUACGCCUCCGCAGCCUCAGCAGAAAGCGCAGUCGAAACAGAAGCCGCAACGGCCGCCUGCUGGCAUACCGAAUCCGCUGUAUGUGAAGGCUGACUUCAACCUACCACAACAUCCUUACCAGAACUUUUACGUACCGCCGAACAAUGUCGGCUUUCCACAGCAGCAGCAGGGCUCUAUGUAUUAUGGUCAGUAG